GCAUUCACGUCGAGUUUGUUUACGUGGAACGUUAGCUUACUAAGAUGUUAAACUUUAGUAGCUAACAUAGCAAGUCAGCAUAGCAAUUAGCCACGGCUCAGUUGGUUCGACUUUAAAUUGUCCGAAUGCGGAAUGAUUGAUUAGAAAUUACAGAACUAUAGAAUAUAGUAUUGGUUUAUUACUUCUAUUAGGUGACAAUGUCAUGUUUGGUGAGAGGACUUGGGCAAGAUAAAAUGCUAACGAACCGCUUCAAUUUCGGUCUUACUAGCUAACGUAACAAGCCGCAUUCGUCAACUAGCUAACUGGCUGGAAGGGCGUAUGUUGGUCAUUGCUGCAACCUUGGAUAGCCAAUUCCCUCCAUGCUAGAUCAUGUAGCUACCUACCGUUAUAGUUUCUGAGGGUUGAAGUCUGAACGACUGACCGAGGGACCUGAGAACCCCCCUACACCAUCUCACCCUGUCUCACCCGCCUCCCCCAGAGGGAGAGAGCAGCCACUACAGCCAACAUGGUGCUGUCACAGAGACAAAGAGACGAACUAAACCGAGCAAUAGCAGACUACCUACGCUCCAAUGGCUAUGAGGAAGCCUACUCCACCUUCAAGAAAGAGGCGGAAUUAGAUAUGAAUGAGGAGUUAGAUAAGAAGUACGCUGGUCUUUUGGAAAAGAAAUGGACCUCUGUCAUCAGAUUACAGAAGAAGGUGAUGGAGCUGGAGUCAAAGCUAAAUGAGGCCAAAGAGGAGAUCACUCUAGGGGGUCCGGUGGCACAGAAGAGGGACCCUAAGGAGUGGAUCCCCCGUCCUCCAGAGAGAUACGCCCUGAGCGGCCACCGCUCCCCCGUCACACGGGUCAUCUUCCAUCCUGUCUUCUCCGUCAUGGUCACCUCCUCCGAGGACGCCACCAUCAAGGUGUGGGACUAUGAGGCAGGGGACUUUGAGCGGACACUGAAGGGCCAUACAGACUCUGUCCAGGACAUCUCCUUUGACCAGACGGGCAAGCUGCUGGCUUCCUGUUCUGCAGACAUGACCAUCAAGCUGUGGGACUUCCAGGGCUUCGAGUGCAUCCGCACCAUGCACGGUCAUGACCAUAACGUGUCGUCUGUAGCCAUCAUGCCCAACGGAGACCACAUAGUCUCCGGCUCCAGAGACAAGACCAUCAAAAUGUGGGAGGUGGCCACUGGGUACUGUGUGAAGACAUUUACAGGCCACAGGGAGUGGGUGAGGAUGGUCCGGCCCAACCAGGAUGGUUCUCUUAUCGCCAGCUGUUCCAACGACCAGACGGUGCGUGUGUGGGUGGCCACCUCCAAGGAGUGUAAGGCUGAGCUGCGGGAGCACGAACAUGUGGUGGAGUGUAUCGCCUGGGCCCCCGAUACUGCUCACCCUACCAUCCUGGAGGCUACCAGCUCGGAGAGUAAGAAGAAUGGGAAGUCUGGUCCGUUCCUUCUCUCUGGCUCUAGAGAUAAGACCAUCAAGAUGUGGGACAUUAGCACUGGCAUGUGCCUUAUGACUCUGGUGGGUCAUGAUAACUGGGUGCGUGGUGUGUUGGUGCACCCUGGAGGCAAGUUCAUAGUGAGCUGUGCUGAUGAUAAGACUCUGAGGAUCUGGGACUACAAGAACAAGCGCUGCAUGAAGACCCUGUGUGCCCAUGAACACUUUGUUACCUCUCUGGAUAUGCACCGGACUGCCCCAUACGUGGUAACAGGCAGCGUUGAUCAGACAGUCAAAGUGUGGGAGUGUCGCUGAGUCUGCCUGCAACCUCCCUAUCCUCAUCGUCCUCUCUACCCCACAACCACAGCCCUAUAACCCCCCCCCCCCCCCAACCCCCUCUUUUCCCACAAACUCACCGCAACCUCCUCCUUUAUCCCCCCCAAACAGCAGCCCUAUAACCCCCUCUUCCCCCCCUAUCCUACCCUGUCUCUUUGACACUCACCUAAGCCCCACCUUUCGCACACCAUACCAUGGUUACCCAGGCUCUCCAGCCCUGCCCUGUUCGAAUAAAUAUUGUCCUUUUAUGUAAAUUAUUCUGGAUAUAGAGUACGCUUAAUAAAUGUUACACACUCUUUAACACACACAUUCUCUCUCACACACACACUAAAAGAGAAAAGUAUUCCUUGCAUGGUGAAUUCACCCAAAACUUGUAUACUGUAAAUUUGCAUACCAUUGUCAUGACGUCCUGAUGGGGGGGGGGUAAAUGGUUUGUGUUCUGCCCCAGUGGAUGCUGGGUAAUUGUGACACAGUGCACGCAACCCAAUCACGUAUGUCCUUAAAACCCUUAAUUUAGUAUCUUGCCUCCGCUGUUAUAGUCUGACGCUACCUGGGAGAGAGGGAAGGAGAGGAGUGUGAAAGAAGGAAGAGAGGAUGAAGUGGGGAGGAGGAGUAGGAGUAGGAUAAAAGGGGGGGAGAGCGGGGGAAAAAAUUGAAAUGGACAUUUAGUCCUUUAGUUGAGGUGACAAAGUGUCUGCGCGUGUGUUCGUCUGCGUGCGUGCAAUGCGUACUGUACAUGUGUGUACAUAAUGAUAGGAUAACCUCUUAUCUCUCUCUGUGGUCGUCUGUUUAUACAGAGGUAGAGAAUUGUGUGGAGGCAAAGCUUAUUUCCCUCUGUUUUUACUCCCUCUCUUUCUGACUGACUGACUGGCUUCUAGUAGCUACUCAUAGGAGUAUGCUCACUAAGUUCUGUGCGCUCGCUCGCUCUUUCUCUCUUUCAUAUACACAUACACUCAUACUCACACAGAUGCACGUACACACAUGCACAGUAAAAUUGUGUAUCAAUAUAUCUGGAUGUCAUUGUUUGCACCAUAAUUAAAAAAUAAAAAUCUGUAAAUAUAAA